AUGACCUCGCACUUGACUAUUGAGGAAUCACGUGAUUCUCGUGAAAAUGUAUAUAGCGCCCGUCACGUGCUCUUCAACUCCGAGCAUAAAUACUUUGAGUACAGCGUUAGGACAUUAGACCACUGGAGAAGGUCAGAACAGUCCGCAGAACCGUCCGUAAAGAAGGUCAGAACAAUCCGCAGAACCGUCCGUAAAGAAGGUCAGAACAGUCCAGAAUUCUUUCGUACCCGAGGCACUGAUAAAUACUUUCAAGUGAUGUAUAGGGAAGUUCUCCUGGUGAUCGGAGUCUGUUCCUUAACAUGUGUACAUUCCUACCAAGAAAAUAUUGCAAAGUCAAUAGAGGAACUCAUAAAAUAUGUCCACGAUGAAGCUGACAAGACCUACCAGGAGAAUCGCCAGUUCAGAAUCUACUAUGUUGAUGGAACUAUCAAGAGUCGACGCAUGAUGCAGAUGAUGAAAUAUUCAUCUCCUGAGGUCAAAGCAAAGGAAGAGGUGUCGAUGAAAUCACUGUAUGCUACAAAGAAACUUCAGGAAAUGACUGGCAUGUCACUGAAAGAUCUCAAGGAAAGUAAAGAAAUAAUGUCAGAGUGGAAGAAACAAACUACGUGUCCAACAAACCAGGUAGACUGUUCGACAGCAAGUACAACUUUCCGUUCUGCGAGUGGAACGUGCAACAACCUGGCCAAUCCAGAAUAUGGUGCGGCAGCAACAGCACAGUCCAGGUUUUUACCUCCGCAAUAUGGUGAUGGAAUUGGUUCCCCAAGAACACAAGGCAAGAACAGUCAACCACUUCCAAGUGCGCGUGUAGUCAGUAACAGUGUUUUCAAGUCUAGCAAAGAAAAGAAAGAAACAAAAUUGUCGCUAAUGGUAAUGGCGUGGGGCCAAUUCCUUGAUCAUGACAUCACACUCACCCCAUCGACAUCAGGUGCUGAAGGAACAUUAACACACUGCUGUAAUUCUUCUGUAGCUACUUUACCAGAAUGUUUCCCAAUAACCAUCCCAAAUAAUGAUGACCAUUUCACCAAUAGCAAUUGCAUGGAAUUUGUUCGAUCAGCAGCAGUCACAGAAGCCUGCUCUCCAAACCAUCGUGAACAGUUCAAUGCUAUCACUGCAUUUGUGGAUGGAUCCAAUGUGUACGGCUCAUCACUCGACCAGAUGAAUGGUCUGAGAGCUUUCAACAAAGGACUACUGAAGACAUCUAGCGUUUCAUCUGGUCUACCACCAGAGGGCGACCCACACUCCUGUGUUUUGAAUUCAACAACAGAAUUCUGCAUCAAUACUGGAGAUAUACGAGCUAAUGUGGUCCCUCAUCUUGGAGCUAAUCAUGUUCUCUUCUUCCGGGAGCACAAUCGAAUUGCAGAAAUUCUCUCUUCUAUGAACACCUACUGGAAUGAUGAGAGAGUUUUUCAAGAAACAAGGAAAAUAGUAUCUGGAAUUUUACAACAGAUCAGUUAUUACGAAUGGCUCCCAUCUAUUCUAAGUCCAUCCUAUUUGGGAAAGUUUGAACUCAAAAAGUCUAAUAAGGACCUUUAUAAGCCUGAUGUUAACCCAAACAUUAGGAAUGAGUUUGCAGUUGCUGCCAUGAGGUUUGGACACUCUCUGAUCCCUCCACUUGAGGGGUAUCUCCUCCACGAUUAUGCAACAUGGGAAGUACAAACACCAAUUGAAGAAACUUUCUUCAGGCCUUCAAUGGUGAUUGGAAAUGCUGGACAGGACAUUCCAAAACUAGCACGAUGGAUGUGUACCAACAGUUCCAUGAAGGUGGACAGGAGAUUUGAGGCAGGGGUAAAAGACAUGCUGUUCCUUGAUAGUAAUGGAAUGAGCUUCGAUUUGGCCGCACUGAAUAUUCAGAGAGGACGCGACCACGGAAUCCCUCCUUACAACGCCUACAUGGAAAGAUUUGGACUGAAGAAGCUCAAAAAUUUCAAGAAAAUGACAAAUCACAAUGAUGGGAUCAAAGACAUGUUAAAAGCUGUCUACAGCCAUGUUGAUGAUAUUGAUUUGUAUGUUGGUGGUAUGACCGAGAAGAAGAAGCCUAACGGUAAUCUUGGACCCACUUUCUCUGAAAUAAUAGCAAGGCAAUUCAAAAAGAUCAAAAUUGGUGAUCGAUUUUGGUUUGAAAGGCCCGCCCCCGAAGGAUUUUCUCCUGUAAAACGUAAGGAGAUAAGGAAAAUGACCCUUGCCAAGGUUAUGUGUACCAACUUCGGAAUGGAUCUGAUAACAAAGGAUGUCUUCCACGUACAGAGUGAAAGAAAUAAAUUGAAAUACUGUGACAGUAUUGAGGAGAUGGAUUUGACGAAAUGGAAGGCAUAAAAAGACUUGUAUAUCU